GAUGUUGUCAAUAAUAUGGAUGCUGACACAGUACACCUUUGAUUUUUGGGCCUUUAGAAUGGGUCUUAUUUCGUUUGGACCAUUGGAAGCUUUUAACAACUGGAAUAAAAAAGUGUUGUGCUGUAUCAUUGUUUUCUAAAUCUCUUCAGCCAUAGGAAUAGUAAUAUAAUUAUAAUACUGUAUAAGCACCUAGUCACAAUGAAGGACCUUUCAAGAGAUAUUUCAGAUUUUGGUGACAUUUGUCAAACAAAAAUUGUGGUAACGGGCGUAAAUGGGUCAGAUUUAGUUCCACUACGUCUUGCUCAUUUUCAACAAACACCUCUAAAUAGCUACGACAGGAAACGUGUAAGACGUGAACGCAAUUUGAAGCGAAUGUUGAAAGAACAGGCCAAGUCUGGAAAUGGUUUUAACGGGAUGGUUUCGGCCAUUAUGGAAAUGGCAACAAAUAGUUCGGAUAUUGUUGAUAAAUCUUUGUUGGAACUCUAUCGUCAGAACCGUCCAAAGCCGGUGGGGCCCAUAGAUUAUGAGACGUACGUCCUGAAGAACAAGGUUCUGCUCCACAAUGACCCUCACAGGGACCUGCUCAAUUUUCCAUAUGAUGACAUACUCACACCUGCCCCGACCCCGGCAAAGAAGAUGCGCACGGUGCACUCAACGGUGCCAACCCUGGGCGGGGAGAAAUCGGGGAACCUCCUGGUGGAAGAGUGUCUACAAACGUACACUGACACCUGUCACAUGGUCCGCUUCAGGUACAGCAAAUACUCCGGAGGCUACCAGCAGCUGCCAAGUGUGAAGAAACGUGAAGAGUUACAGGAGCAGGUGUAUGAAGUGGACCAGGAGGCAGACGACCGUGAGGACACAAUAAGUCGCACCUACUCCAGCGCGUCAAUGACACAACCGGUGAUAACCAAGGCUGGUUGGCUGUACAAAGGCCCUGAUAGCAGCAAAGAUACCAUCAUGAGCUUUACACGGCAAUUCAAGCGCCGCUACUUUGUCAUCAAGCAGCAAUCAGACCAAACAUACAGCCUCGAGUUCUUCAAAGAUGACAGGAGGUCAGAAGCAAAAGGAGUUAUCUUUCUUGAAUGUGUACAGGAGGUUGUCAAGAACUCAAAAAAAGGGAAGCACGGUUUUGAAUUACGGACACAGGAGAAGGCUUAUCUGUUUGCUGCAGAGAGUGAAGUGGAAAUGGAGGACUGGAUUAUGACCCUGAACAAGGUCCGCAAUGCUGCUGAGACGCUCUCUAAUAUUUCACUAGAUAGGCUCAGGGGAGAUGAACCCUUUUCCCCAAGUAAGGUGGAUGACAAAGCCUUCGAAAAUAUGGUCCAUCCUGAACUACAGAAGUAUGCCAAAGAGUCUGAGUCGAUGAUGUUGAAAGCCAGGCAGGACAACAGACAGAACCUCUUCAAUGUUUACGGCAGUAUAGUUCGUAAUUUCCAUCAUGAUCCCGAGGACGAUGAAGAUGUAGCAUCAGAAGUAGACGUCUUCCCCCAGCAGUUUGGGGAGAGGUUCAUGUUGCGUUUGCUUGAGUUUAAACUCAAACUACAGGUCAACAUGGCUGAAGAGGGUAACGGCAAGAAACAAUGCAAUCCUGAGCCAUUUUUCCUGACCUUUGCCCUGUAUGAUGCGAGGGAAGGCAGGAAGAUAUCCGAGGAUUUCCACAUGAAUGCAAAUGAGCAGGAAAUAGAGGCAAUGAUACCGGCAGACCUCGUGGCUGCUUCGGACAAACUCAACAAGGUCGAUGGAAAAUCAACCGCUCCGGAAUUAAAAGGCCUUGAGGAAAACUGGCUGCUGGCCAAAAAUAAGCAGGGCCUGUACUCAGUUAUACGCCGUCACAGCGAGAUCUACCUCUACGUGCGUAUAGAGAAGGUCCUCCAGGGCCCCAUAUCACAAUCAAUCGAGCCGUACCUUCGGGGAGCCGACAGCAAGACUGGCUCCAAAGUCUACCGACAGAUGAAACAGUUCUGCUCUCAUAUAGGACACCAUAGGAUGCCUUUCGCUUGGUCUGCCAGACCUCUUGCCACGAGCAGCGUAGGCCCGUAUGAAAUGCCUUUGUAUAAACAAGACAGCUCCAAAAUGUCGGAGGAUGAAGUUAUCAAACAUCUACAAGAUCUGAAAAGGCCAGAAAAGCAAAGCAAGUGGACCAGCAUUCCAGGAACAUUCAAAAUCAACCUUCAUCCCAUCAAGCCUGACCCUCCAUUACCAAACACAGUGACAUCUUCUUUUGUUCCUGUAAAGCCGUUCCCCACCCCUCCAGCCGACCCCAUUGCCAUAGAGAUAGAGGAAUUUGUCCCCGCGAAGGGCCAGUUCAACAGCCCCUUUGACUCCUAUGUUAACAACCUGUAUGUUUACCCGCUCAGUCUGAAAUACGAUAGCCAGAAAUCAUUUACCAAGGCUCGUAACAUAUCAUGUUGCGUGGAGAUACGUGACUCCGAUGAAGAGCAUGCUGUACCGUUAAAGUGUGUGUAUGGUAGGCUGGGCCCAUCAGUGUUCACAAGCAUAGCCAGUUCAUGUGUACUCCACCAUAGCCAGACUCCAGAAUACACAGAAGAGGUGAAGGUGUUGCUACCGACAAUACUACAUGAGAAGCACCACCUGUUGUUCCGGUUCUACCAUGUGAGCUGUGAGGGAUCAAAGGGCUCCACAAAGAAGAGAGAUGGGAUCGAGGUCCCUGUGGGGUACGCUUGGGUGCCCCUGCUGCAUUCCACGGGCAGGGUGGAAGUAGGAGAGAGGACAGUCCAAGUGGCAACCAACUUGCCUGCUCGAUAUCUCGGCUCAGAAUCUCUUUCAAGCAGAAAUUCCACUGCCUCAGAUGUGAAGUGGGUGGAUGGGGGUAAGCCCUUGUUCAAACUGAAACUACACCUCAUGUCGACCGUGUACACCCGCGAUCCACAUCUCCAUACAUUCUUCUUCCACUGCCAGAAGAUGAUGACCUCCCCGUCCCCUGGCCCGGACAGCCUCAACAAGCUCAAGGUUUUAGAGAAAGUAUCAAAUGUUGCUGACGCCGUAGAGCAACAGUACCUGAUGAAUUCUGUAAAGUCCCUGCACGCAGUGGACGUGAGCACGUAUAUCCAGUUUCUACCCACAAUUCUCAACAUCCUGUUUAAACUGGUGGCGAACACCCAGAGUGAGGAUAUUGGGAUGAAUGCUGUCAGGGUGGUUAUCCACAUUGUAUCAGAGGUACAGGACGUGGAUAAACAAGAACUCCUCGAGAAAUAUGUCAAGUACAUAUUCCGUGCCGAGCCCAUUCCAAAGGGUAGCAAACAGAAGACUGUACAUGAAGAACUUGCCAAGAGCUUGACCAUGAUCCUACGUCCAGCCAAUGCUGACCAGGUUGUGGUGGUCAAGUUCCUCAACAAUGCCUGGUUCUUCUUUCAAGUGCUCAUUAAAAGCAUGACCCAGUUUCUAGUGGAUGGGGAAAGGGUCAAGAUGCCCCGUAAUGAGAGAUUCUCGAGCGACUACCAGUACAAGCUACAGACCCUGAUACAGACCAUCACUCCGUACAUUACCAGCAAGUAUAAGGAGGCGCCAAGAGAGACACGCAAUGCUAACUUCAGUCUGGCAUACUUUGUAAAGAUGUGUUUCACGUUGAUGGACCGAGGCGUGGUAUUCCAGCUCAUAGCACAGCACAUAAACACCUUCGCUGUCGUGGAACAUAGAACCCUCCAUGAGUACAAGUUUGAGUUCCUGAGGAUUGUGUGUAGCCACGAGCACUACAUCCCGCUGUCCCUGCCUCUCAUGAGGCGAGGGCUGAUUAAAACAUACAAAGACAUCAAACUGGAAGACCUGAAGUGUGAUUACACACUAUCAGAAGAGUACCGGAAGACCCACUACCUUCCCGGCCUACUGCUGCAGGAACUGAAACUUGCGCUCAACGAGAGCAAGGAGACGAGGCGAUGUGCCAUCAACGUUCUCCGUGACCAGUUUGCCAAACAUGCCUUCGAUGACAGAUAUUCACAGAAGAGCCAUCAGGGUCGCAUAGCAGCCCUGUACUUGCCCCUGAUCCAAGUGCUGCUAGACAACAAGCACAGACUGGUUAAAUCAGACGAUAAAAACCAACAGAAAAACCAGUCUCCCAAUCACUCAGCCAGUCAGCCAUCCAUGAAUGGCCUAGAUAGCAGUUUGGUCGGGCAGAGCGGGCCGGGUAGUGUAUCGGCAAAGAGCGAGGCCAAAUCAACAUCGUCUGGUCAUACACCUCAGCAGAAACAUCGCAGCAUGAUUUCUCUGUCACAGCCUGUUGACCCGUCGAAGAGAGACUCUUCGGUGUUUGAUAUGAUUGCCGGAACAAAAAUACCUUAUGGAAAAGGUAGAGUGGCCGCCCGUCACCUGAACGUGGAAGAUCUGAAAUCACAUAUCAGUGGGUCCUCUAGUUCAAUAGCUAGUUCAAACUCCUCAACAGACACCAAAACAGACAGUGGAAGCAGGGAUAAAGGUCACUCAAGACAAGGGUCAGUGUCUACCGUGAUACCUGGUGUGACAUCAUCAGCCACAUCCAAAGUGUACCAAUACCAGCGUCUAGACAACACGGAGAUACGUGAUCUUCUAGUCUGCUUGCUGCACAUUCUCAAGUACCUGCCUGAUGAUAUCCUACUGGGUUGGUUCAACAACUCAUCCGAGUAUGACAUCGUGGACUUCUUUUCAUUGCUUGAACUAUGUCUAGAGCACUUUAAAUAUCAAGGGAAGAAAAAGAUUGUCACCCUGGCCAUUAUUGGAGAGAGCAGCAUGGGGCGUAAAACCAACACCAUGCCCGUCAAACGGCAGUCAGCAAUCCCAACGGCCAAUGGGAGUCUUCCACCGACAUUCCGUAGUGUUAGCCAGUAUGGAGACUUUGUACCAGAUGUUCCAAGCUACCAUACCAAUAGAGUGCCAGAGGUGACAACAUCAUCCGAGGCUGACGGUCUGAGUCGAGCGCGGUCAGAGGCGAACAUGUCAACUGAGAUGGGGCUUAUUGUCCUUGAUGUGCUCGGGGUUUACACGGACAAGUUCAAGACGGACCUGUCAUCCCGUGAUGGUGACAACACAUUGAUGGAGACCGUGUUUGACCUCUACCUCUACUUCCUGCGUACCAGCCAGUCAGAAACACUGCAGACGCACGUGUUUGCUGUGUGGAGAAACUUUGUCAGAAAGUUCUCCAAUGUGCUAUUUAAGGGAGAUGCUACCUUGUGUUCAAAGUUAUGUUAUGAGCUGUUGAGGUGUUGUAACUCGAGGUUAAAGUCCACUAGAAAGGAAGCCUGCAUACUGAUCUAUAACCUGAUGAAAGCAAACUUUGAGUUUACGAAGAAAAAGUCAUUCACUCGUGUACAUCUGCAGGUUAUAAUUUCUGUGGCCCAGCUGAUCGGGAAUGUGGUCACAUUGUCGAACAAUCGAUUUCAGGAAUCUCUUGCCCUUAUCAACAGCUACGCACACUCGGACAAGACCAUGAACGUGUCCAGUGUCUGGGCCUUUAUUGAUGGGGGACAGAAAACAAGGUUCUCCUCAGAAGUGAAGGAUCUCACGAAGCGGAUCAAGACUGUGCUAAUGGCUACUGCACAGAUGAAAGAACACCAGAAUGACCCUGAAAUGUUGAUUGACCUUCAGUACAGUCUUGCAAUCUCAUACGCUAGUACGCCGGAACUGAGGAAAACCUGGCUAGAGUCCAUGGCCCGCAUACAUAGCAAACAGGGCAACCAUUCUGAGGCAGCGCAUUGUUACAUCCAUAUGGCAGCACUUGUGGCAGAAUACCUCAAGAAACGAGGAAAAAUAAAAUCAAGUUCAUUCCCCCAGGGCUGUGCAGCCUUUAAGCCAAUCUCUCCGAACGUUGAGAAGGAAGAGUCCGGGAUCAAGGAUGACUCCGGAAUGCAGGAUGUGCAAUAUACAGAGGAGACGCUUGUAACAUUUAUGGAGGAAGCAGCCACCUGUUUAGAGAGUGCAGAGAGAUUUGAGGUGCUAGGGGAAGUGUAUAAACUCAUCAUACCCAUGUACGAGCGUGCCAGGGAGUUCGAGAAACUAGCGCAGUGUUACCAGAUCCUUGCCAACUCCUACACCAAGGUAGUGGAAGUGAUGCAGUCUGGGAAACGAUUACUCGGCAAAUACUUCAGGGUCGCUUUCUUCGGACAGUCCUACUUUGAUGAAGAAGAUGGUAAACAGUACAUCUACAAAGAGCCGAAAGUGACGAGUCUGGCUGAGCUGUGUGAUCGACUCAAGGCCCUGUACGAGGGAAAGUUUGGACGUGAUAAUGUUAGACUCAUCAUGGACUCAAAAACGGUAUCAAGUGCCGAUAUUGACAACCGUUACGCCUACAUCCAGGUGACACAUGUGACACCGUUCUUUAAGGAGAAGGAGCUUCAACGUCGUCUCACGGACUUCGAGAAAAACAACAACAUAAAUCAGUUCAUGUUUGAGACUCCCUUCACAAAGUCUGGCAAGGCCCACGGCGACAUUCAAGACCAGUAUAAGAGAAGGACAGUGCUACACACUUCACAUUCCUUGCCAUUCGUUAAAAAGCGUAUAGAGGUCGUCGAUAAGAAGGAAUGCAUCCUGUCACCAAUCGAGGUGGCAAUCGACGCAAUGAACGCGAAGGUGGCCGACCUCCGAGAGGUUGUUGACCUUGCCCUUCCUGACAUGAAAAAACUGCAGCUGAAACUGCAGGGCAGCGUUAGCGCUCAGGUGAAUGCAGGCCCGCUGGCAUACGCUGAAGCAUUCCUGUCAGAGGACCAUGUGGCCAGUUAUCCACCAGAUAGAGUUGAGGCUCUCAAAAACAUCUUCAGGGACUUUGUGCGGGUAUGCAAUGACUCCCUAGACCUUAAUGCCAAGCUGAUUACUACAGAGCAGAAGGAGUACCAUGAAUCUCUCAAGGAUGGCUUCGAAGACAUCGUUAGCCAACUUUCCAAAAUGUUUGGAGAAACUACCAAUGGCAUUGGAAAAACUAUUGCAAAGAAUGAAACAGUAAUGCUGUCUACAUAGUGUUAACAAAGGAAAGUGAAGGUUCCCAACGCGGGUCUAUGUCCGUGUUCAACAUAGUAGCACCGCAGGGGUCCAGCACAGCCUAAGGAGGAGUCCAGUCUGGAAUUGUGCUUACAUUAUGAACAAUAUAUAACAAGUACUAUGUUGCCUACAUGCAACCAGUCUGGAAUUGUGUUAACUCAUGAACUAGGUACCAGUCCAGACUUUGAAUCUAAUGUUGCAACUAGUCUGAAAUUGUGUUAACACAUGAACUAGAUAUUAGUCUAGACAUUGAAUCUGAGUAUGGAAACAGUCCAGAAUUGUGUUAUACAAUCAUGAACAAGAUAACAGUCUAAACUUGAACUUUGAACAUGCAACCAGUCUGGAGCUGUGUUUACACAUGAACAGGAUUCCAGUCUAGAUUUUAAUUCUAAACAUGCAACUGGAUAAAUUUGGACAAGAUAACAGUCUGUAAUUUGCUCAUUUGAUUCUGGAAGUGUUUUAAAAUAGAGUCUGGACUGUCAUGCAACCAGUCUGAAAUUAUGUUUUCAUAGAAACAUGGUCCAUGUUUCUUUUCAAAAAUAUACCUUUGGCUUUGAGUUUUAACUAUCAUAGUUUUCAUAAGUGCAUUACUUCAAACUUGUAUUCCAUCCACUUACAUUCUGCAAGCCAGCUGACUUUUAUUUAUGCUUUUCAGAUUAAUUUGUUCUCAUUAUUAAAACCCUGUCCAAUAAAUGUUAGCAUUUGGUAGCUUCAUGAAUGGCCAUCAGUGACAAGCAUUUCAGAAGGCCGGUGAUCAUUUAUUUAUAAAGAUUGUGUAUGUUGUCUUGUUCAUGUCUUCUGUUCAUUGAGUGAGAAUGCGGACAUAUUUUAUCGGUUUUCUGUUUAUGUUUUAUUCUUUUUAAUUUGUUUGUUUGGAUAAAUUUAAAGAAAAACUCUAUUAUCAGCAUUAAUGCUUUAUCAAAGGAAUGGUCAAUAUUUCAAACUUGUUUACCAUUGGUCAAAUGUGUUUGUCCAAUCAGAGUGCAGCAUUGAAAUAAACACUGAUGUCAUAACUGACCGAUUCAAGCCAAAAUUUAUGUCAGAUUUUUCUCUGUACAAAAGACUAGGGCAAUGUUAUAUCUAAAGUUGACAAAACAAGUUGAAAUCUGGCUUGAUGAAAGUAGAUUCUUUGAACAUGUAUAGAGUCAUUAUCAUGGCAGUGUACCAUUGUAUUUGUACAUAAUUAUAAAUACUUGUACAUUAUCCAAAACAUACAUGUAGCUGAAAAUUUGUAUAGAGUGAAUUGAUUUUGGUAAUCAAGAAACAAUUAGACAUAACCUAGAUCUGUUCUAUAGUAUUUAUUCCAUUGAGGGCUAGGAUUAUCAGCCAUCAUAUAUUGUUAGCUUUUUGUGUGUGUUUUUAUAGAUAAAAACUUGAGGGAUUGUGAUAGCCUUGGUGUCUAUGUCUGCGUUGUUUGACCUUAGCCAUACCUCAUCAUUAUCUUUCAAUGAAACUUGGUAUACAUGUGGCCUGAGACAAUACAAUAAUGUAAAGCAAGGACCAUGACUCUGGAUUUAAUAAUUGCUGAGUAAUUCCCCUUCUUAUUAACUUGGUAUACGGGUGGCCAGAGACAAUACACUGAUGAAAAGCAAGGACUAUAACUCUGGAUUUAAUGAUUGCUGAGUAACGCCCCUUGUUAUAAACUUGGUAUACAGGUGGCCAGAGACAAUACAAUGAUGUAACGCAAGGACCAUAACUCUGGAUUUAAUGAUUGCUGAGUAACGCCCCUUGUUAUAAACUUGGUAUGUAGGUGGCCAGAGACAAUACACUGAUGUAGCGCAAGGACCAUAACUCUGGAUUUAAUAAUUGCUGAGUAACAGUUUAUCUGACAAAAAACAGAUGUACAUUGGCUUUUGCUCUGCAGCAUUCUUGUAUAAAAAAUUGGUUAUACAUUUUACAAUGAACAUAAUUUAGAAAGAUCUUGUAUACAUAUAUGUGAAGUUAAAUUGUAUAUACAUCAUAAAAUGUUACUUUUCUUUUUAUUGUACUUUAUGCAUAUAACUAUGUAUGCAUAUAACUAUGUUAUUUUUCCCUUUGCUCCAAAAUAGUUUUCGUUUAUCAACAAUCUGUGAUAGCUUGUAUAUGUUGUUGUCCAUUUGAGGUUUCAUUGUAGGUGCAAGUGAAUUGUUGAAAUUGUUGAAAUACAAGCGAGGUCUUGUCUUUUUUUGUCAUGAUUAAAAAUUGAGAUUAAUUUAUUAGUUGGAUCCAAUAUGUAAAAUUUUUAAACCUUUAUGCAAGAUGGGUAUUAAUUUUUGUAUUGAAAAUGUAAGCCUUUUUCCAUUUUGUUCAAAGAUUAAUGGAUUAAAUUUCAUAAAAAAAUUAUAAGCUUAAAUUGCAGAAAAAAACAUAAUUACCAAAGCAAACAUGAAUGUGGCAACUAUUCUUUCGUUUAUUUUUUUAACUCCAUAUUUUAUUAAAAUUGAAUUUUUACUCCCUUAAAGCUGCUCUCUCACAGAUUAAACAUUUUGACGACUUUUUUAUUUUUUGACUUGGCACAAGCCAGUUUUUGCAAAAAAUCCAUAGAAACCAGUGAUAUAAGACUGCUGACAAAAAAUCCAUAGAAACGGCAGUGAUAUAAGACUGCUGACAAAAAAUCCAUAGAAACCAGUGAUAUAAGACUGCUGACAAAAAAUCCAUAGAAACCGCAGUGAUAUAAGACUGCUGACAAAAAAUCCAUAGAAACCAGUGAUAUAAGACUGCUGACAAAAAGUUAGAUUGCAGAUUUUUAUAUUUAUGUUCAGAAAAUGAAAAUCUACGCUCUGAUUUUUUGUCAGCAAUCUUAUAUAACUGGUUUACAUGGUUUUUCGCAAAAAUUGGCUCGCUCCAAGACAAAAAAUAAAAGAGAUGUAAAAAUGGUAUAUAUGUGAGAGUGCAGCUUUAAAUGAGAGUAAAAAGCCUUCAUAAUUCUCUUUAUAAAGGGUUGUUUGGCAGAUAUACACUGAUUAAAUGUAAUAAUUAUAAUAAUAUGUUUGCUGUUUAUAACAUAAUGUAUUAUAUUCAUUGUUAUGUGUUAGUUUCCUUUAGCAAUAUUUAUUUAACCAUGGUCACUAUAUCAUCUCUUUCAUAAUGUAUAUUUGAGACCAUUCUCAUUCUGUUAAUCAUUGUGUUAACUAUAUAUACUAUGGUUGCCUGUAGAUUUGUUAUAUAUGUUUAGUUAGAGAGGAAAUUAUUGUAUCUAUAUGUAGGAUUAUUAAGACACAGUGCUUUAUGAUGUAUGUAUUUGUUUAUUACUUAACAUAUAAUAAAUGCCAACAUAUAA